AUGUCAACUGCACUGGCCACGAAUCUGAGCUCACGCAGUGUGGGCACGGAGGACUCUGCCCCUCCAGUGAGACUGGUCAACGGUCUCUCCAACAAGCCCUGUUCAGGCAGGGUGGAGAUCCUCCUCUAUGGCCAGUGGGCCACAGUUUGUGAUGAUGACUGGGACCUGGUCGAUGCCCAGGUGGUGUGUAGACAGUUGGGCUGUGGGAGGGUGCUGUCUGCACCACAUGGGGCCACUUUUGGACCUGGACAAGGGCCUAUAGGGUUGGAUAAUGUCAACUGCAAUGGCCACGAAUCUGAGCUCACACAGUGUGGCCACAGAGGACUGUUGACCCACAACUGUGGUCACCAGCAGGACGCUGGAGUUGUCUGUGAAGCUGCCCCUCCAGUGAGACUGGUCAACGGUCUCUCCAACAACCCCUGUUCAGGCAGGGUGGAGGUCUUCCUCCAGGGCCAGUGGGGCACAGUUUGUGAUGAUGAAUGGGACCUGAAUGAUGCCCAGGUGGUUUGUACACAGCUGGGCUGAGGCAGUGCCAUAUCAGCCACCAACGAGGCAUAUUUUGGACCGGGAACAGGACCCAUCUGGUUGGACGAUGUCAACUGUGGAGGAAAUGAACCGUCAAUAACCGACUGUGAACAUCAAGGGUUUGGUUCUCAGAACUGCAAACACGUUGAAGACGCUGGCAUCAUCUGCGAUGGUAAACCUG